AUGAAGAGAGCGACCUCAAGACUCUCAAUUCCCUUUCUUCCGACGCUAGGCUCUCAUAAUCAUAUUGUAAAUAGUUUAACGACAAGGGAGAAAAUUGUCAAGUUGGAUAAGGAAGAAGAAGAGGAACCAAAAAUCAAAGUGGAUGAUUCAGAUUUUGAAUUAAUUUCAACUCAACCUGCUAAAUUUGUUAAAGCCAUUGAUGAUGAAGUCACACAGGCAUUAAGUUCACUUGCUCCCUCACCCGUACUAGGUCAUUCUGCAUCCACCACUCCUUCACCAGUUGAAGAACAUGAAGAAGAUCCUUCGUCGGAUGAAUCUUCUGAAGAAAAAGCGGAAUAUGGAAAAAAGAAAUCUCAAAAAAAACGAAAUUUUAAAAAAUCUGCGACAGACCAAAGUAUGAUUAGCAAAUUCUCUCAUGUUCAUGAUAAAGUGAAAGCAAUAGCAUCCAUUCAAUUAGCAGGCAAAAUGAGGAGAAAAGAAUUAAAUCAAAAAGUCAAACUUUUAAGUGAGGCUAUAAAGAGUUCAGCACAAAAUGCAGGAAUGACCACAAGAGAUUUGGAAUAUGAAAAAUAUUUAAGAGAAAAAGUUGAAGUUACUCCCAUAGAAGAUGAAAUUGAUCAAAAAAUCAAAUUAGAAGAUAUUCGAUUAUUAUUUGAAAAUAGUACAGAAGAUGGAUUAACUGAAACUCAAUUUAUUGAUGGAAUGAGUCGUUUAUUGGGAGAAGGACGAGCUAAAGAUGAAUUAAAAGCUCUCUUUGCAAGAAUUGAUGCCAAUGCUAAUGGAAAAAUUGAUUGGAAUGAAUUUUCAACCUAUGUCCUUCUUGGAUAUGAAGGAGCUAAAAAGAUGAAACAAAAUUUAGAUGACAAAUUAUUUGUUCAUCAAACAUUUCCAGAUGUAAAUACCAAGAAUAUGUAUCAUAAGGGAAGAAUUGUAAAGAUUUUGCAUGAUGAAAAAAGAAAUCGAUAUUAUACAGCAGGAACGGAUGGUUUAGUGAAAUCAUGGUUUUGUGAUAAUUUUUUAUACGAUAGAAAUAUUUAUUAUACUCCUGAUUCAGUUAUUUCAGAUAUUGAAUAUUUAUCAGUACAUGAUGAAUUGUGUAUAUGUACCAUAGAUCGAGUUGUGAAUUUUUAUGAUUUGGAUACAUUAACAGUGAAAAGGGCAUUUAAGGGAAAAUAUCAACAUUCGAGAGGGAUUGAAAAAAGAUAUGGACAACCAUAUGAGAGUAGUCGUCGUUCUGCGAGUAGUAGUAUUCAUACUAGUGGUGGGGGUAUUGGUGGUAUUCAGAGUGGUAUUCAUAGUGGUAGUACUAGUAGUAGUAUUCAUGAGAAAUCUCUCACUUCUUGGAUGGAUGGUACACCUCCAUUUUCAAAUGCGAGUAGUAAUAAUUUGGUACAAAUGUACAAUGAGAGUUUCAAUGGACCAAAUCAGAGAUUAACUUCUUCUCUGCCCAAUCUGGUUAAAAAAGGAAGAGAAGUGAUUGAAAUUGUCAUGCCAGACCAUCUCAAAGAUCCAAAUCCAGUGAUUGAAACCUUAUAUCCUCUUCCACCUCAUAUCAAAAUUCACAAACAAAUUGAAGAAUUGAAAAAUGAACUCUUCACAAAACCAUUUGGUCUCAAAGAUACCAUUCCAGUAACCAUCUUGGAGGAUUUCAUUGAUGCUCCUACAUGUAUGACUGAUUUCUCCAAGUAUUGUCUUGAAAGACAAUCCAAGCAAGAAAGUGAUUCUAAAUUGCCCUUACUUGUUCUUCCUCAAGACAAUUAUGUUGGAAAACCAAAACAAGGAAUGGAAGUUUUCAAUCCAUGUCAUGUCAUGUUCGGAAUGGACUCUGGUUAUGUUCAACUCUAUGAUUGUUCGGCACCAAUUGGACGUUCUCCAGAUUGUAUUCGACCUGAAAGAAAAUGGAAACUUCACGAUUCAUGGGUCUCUAAAAUUAUCUAUGCUCCAAGUAUUGAUUGUAUCAUGACAAGUUCUUUUGAUGCGACCAUUUGUGUGACCAAUUUUGGAGAUACAAAAAGAGGACGAUUACUUCAUGGACACACGAAAGAAAUUUACUCAAUGGAUUGGUGUGAAAAGUACAAACUAUUGGCCAGUUGUAGUCGUGAUAAGGAAGUUCGUUUGUGGAAUCCAUUCAUUUCAAAUCCACUAGUCACUCUCAUUGGACAUGAAAAACCCAUUGUUGAUGUUAAAUUUAAUUUGGAGGAUCGACAAAUUAUAACCUUAGAUACUGGAAAGACGAUCAAAGUUUGGGACAUGAGAAAUUACAAAUUAUUACAAACAGUUCAUGAUGCAAGUAAUUCAAAGAAUCCAUGUUCCACCAUGUUGUAUAAUCCUAAAAAGAGUAGUAUUAUUACUGCGAGUAACAAAUUGAAAAUGUUUCCAAUGAAAAGAACCUUAACCGAUUUUGCAAAAGAUUUUAAAGGUCAUAGAACUCCAAUCAUUGCUUGUCUCUAUAAUGAGACUCUGAAACAACUCAUUACAUGCGAUGAAUCACUUGUUUGUGUGUGGGAUGUAACAACUGGAAAGCUCAUUUUCAAAUUUUUAAUUCCAAACAAGAUUUCUACAGCCAUUCUCGAUGUCAUGAAAAGAAGACUCAUUGUCUCUUCUCACAAUGGAGAAGUGUCUCUCUGGAAUUACAUUAAUGGACAAAAAUUAAUGGUGUGUUUUUCACCUCCACUCGCCGAUCAACUUGUGGACUAUACAGAGAGUUUACCAAACAACACAUCAACAACAACGAAUGCAGCAGCAGCAGCAGCUCUCUAUAAUUCAAAUGUCGCAACACCUCUCACUCGAUACUCUUCCAAUUCAAGUCCAGCAACAUUUUCUGAACAUUUUCGUACGAAAAACAAACUUCAUACCAUAUCAUCAUUGGAUUAUAAAGGACUUGGGUUUGUGUAUAAGGAGAAUAGAGGUAUUAAAACCAUUGUGGCAGGAGGAAAUAAUAAGAAAUUAGUAUUUUGGAAUGAUUCAGAUGAUAAGGAUGCAAUUUUAGAAGAACAUGCCAUGUGUUCUCAACCUUUUGCAAGAGAUAUUAAUGUGGUACGAUGUUAUGGAGAUUAUAUUGCCAUUGGCUUGGAUAAUGGAGUGAUUUUCACAUUGGAUGAUCAAAAUGGAGAAAUUAAAGGAUCGACCAAUUACAUUUCCAUACCAGAAUUGAGAUAUGACAAUUUUUAUAAGGAACCACCAAAGAAUUACACUGGAAAACAAGUGGAAUCUCAGAGAAAUUACUUACCUCAACCCACACAACAUUCAAGUAUUGAAGAUCUCUUAUUUCUUCCCAAGAAGGAUGGUCUUCUUUUAUCCUCUCGUGCCAAUGGAAUUAUUUCAUUUUGGGAAAUCUCAAAGAAUUCCAUUCGGCACUUGUAUUCCUUCAAAACAACUCCUCAAAAUGAAUUUAUUACCUGUCUCUCAUCAAGUGCAAGUAAUGAAACUCUUGUGAUGGGAGAUUCAAGAGGUUUUAUUUUUGUCUAUGAUUUGUCAUGCAUUCCAAAACUAAGUGGCCAAUCCCAUGAAAGAGUGAGCAGUAGUAUGAGUCAUUCAAGUAGAGACAGUGACACUCGAUCCAACAUUUCCAAAGGAUCUUCCAAGAUAGGUGAGAUUGAGAAGAGACAUGUUCGUCUUGUGAAAACAUUUAAAGCUCACACGGAAUCCGUCUCAAGUAUUGCCUAUAUUUCUCCUAAUAAUUUAAUUGCAUCGUGUGGAGCGGAUUGCACAGCAGUACUCUUUGAUCUCUAUGGAAUUCCUAUUGGAUUUUUUGGACAACGAUUGGAAUGGAAACUUGGUUUGACCUUCACUUAUGGAAGACAAGAUUUUGCACAGUUUCAACAUGUGAUCAAUCUCGAUUUGGAUUUGUAUAAGGUGAAUGAAGAAGAUGAAGAAGGAAAUAUUUUGAGUACGAGAGGUGGUGGUCGAGGAGGAGGAGGUGGUGGUGGUGAACGAUCGUGUGAAUCCAGUUGUAGUAUGAGUAGUAGUAGUAGUAGUAGUACUAACAAUAAUAAUGGUGGUACGACUGCUACUGCUAUUAACAGUGGUAAUCCUACUGCAAUUGGGGUUGCAUCUUCUCCUUCUUCUUCACACUCACCACCACCACUACCCUCACGUCUUUCAUUGCAUCACCAGAAUACACUCUCUCACCACCUCGGAACCACCACCACCACUAGUAGUAGUAGUAGUAAUAAUAAUUCCCAACCUCCAACCGUCAACAAUCACAUGAAUGGAAUUGCAACAACAAAUACCACAACGACCACCACCACAACAACGAAUACUUCUUCUACAAAUACUACAACUACCACUACUACUCAAACACGAUCUACGAACCCAAACUCAACAACAACAUCUUUGAAAUCAACUUCUCCACCACCGAUCGUAUCGAAAUCACCAACAGCAGUAUCAACAUCCAUUGGUAUGAUGACUCAACCUGUGAUUGUUGUGGUCGAGUCUUCUUCACAAUCCUCCUUACCUAAAAUCAAAUCUUCGAAUCCAGCUGGAUCACCCUCUCCACAGCUUGAAAAGCACCAUGUUCGAUUUUCUGAAUCUCCAUCACCAAUACCAUCGUCAUCAUCCAAUCCUUCACAUCCAGCAUCAUCACCACUCACAUCGAAUGUUGUUCCAUCCAAUAAUACAAACUCACCUAAUCCAAAGAAGAGUGUAACUUCAUCCUUGUUAAAACCAAAUUCAUUGAAUUCAAAUACCAAUACAUCCACACCAACAAAUAUAUCUGGAAACAGUGGUGGCGAUUGUGUUGGUGGUGUAAGUGCUUCUCCAAACACGACAUCCUCCUUACCUCAACAACAUGAAACUUGUCAUCAAGAAAAUAUCACCAAUAUCACCACGAACAAUAACUCCAACAACAAUAACUCCAACAUGACUUUAUCCAAUCAUCAGACUCUUUCUCAACAUCGUCAUGUCUCUGUUGCCACAAGAUAUCAAAAAUUGAGAGAUUUAGAAAGUAAGGUUGCAGAAAUGAUUGACAAGACAUUUAAAGAACAAGGAAUUUCAGAAGGAACGACACCAAGAGAUCAAAAUGAAGCAGCUGAGAUGGCAAAUCGUGAAAACAACAAAGUUUUGGAAGAGAGAAAAGCAAUUGAAAAGUUUCAAAAAACUCUCUUGUGGUCACAAGCACACGAAAAUAAUUGGGUGGAUCGAGUGAGAUCACUCAUUGAUGUGGAUGAUGAUGACUUUGAAAAACAUAUGGAUGAGUUUAUGAUCUCUUACAAGAAACAGAGUCGAGAACAGCAAAUAUCAGUCAAUUAUUUGUUACAGCCUGUCACGAACAAUUCCAACAAUAACAACCACUCAAAUAACAUUGUUUCAAGUAGUACGAUUGUGGUUGAACCUACACACUCGAUUCAAGCACCACAUCCACAGACUAAACCUCCUCCACUCCCUCUUGACAAAUUACCUCUCAUUCACCACAGCAGUCAACUCUCAAAAGCUCAUUCUUCCCUCACGACUAGUAGUCACAUCAACAAUAACACAAAUGAUCACCACACGGAAAUGACACGUGCAAAGAGUGAACAAAGUGAUCGAUUUGACAAGGACUUUGAAAAGAAGAUGAGUAGUUUAUUCUCAUCACUAGAAUUAACACUCAAAGAAGUUGACAAAUUGCUCAUUUAA